AUGCAUGAGAAAAGUGUAGAACAAGGUGUUUUGCCUGAAGACUGGACGAGUGCUAAUGUGACCCCGGUAUUCAAAAAGGGUAGCAAAUCAGAAGGUAGCAACUACAGGCAUCUUAACGAACUUGACCAGUACCACAGAAGAGUCAACUUGGAGGUGGCAGGUGUACCAGAACGACAGGGCGAGGUUCCUGAAAGGAUCGUACUUAAUAUCGCGAAACACAUCAGCCCUGAGCUUGCAGCAUCCGACUUCGAUGUGGUUCAUCGGCUGGGUUCCAAACGCCAAGCUGAUAACAAAGCCCGACCAAUCAUCGUGCGAUUCACCACAAGACGAGCUCGGAACAUCAUGUACGAUGGGAGAAGGAAGCUGAAGACUCUCUCCACAAAGGAUCUUGGAUACAACAGCGAUGGCAAGAUCUACCUCAAUGAAAACUUGAUCGCUUCCACUAAGGAGCUAAUGAAAGAUGUCAACAAGGCCCGCCGAGAUGCCGGAUACAAGUUCCUGUGGACCCAGAAUGGCCGAAUCUAUGUAAGGAAGGAUGAGAAGUGUCAACCCAUCAUCAUUCAUUCCAGAGAGGACUUUUCUAAGCUGUAG